AUGCUGCUAAAUGCUUUAAUAGUGGCGCUUUUGCCAUUGGCUGCUUACGCAACGGACGCUGCCAAUAUUCUCCUACCGACCGAAGACAGUGGACCAAAAAGAUUUUUCUCAUUUCGUCCGCUCGGUGAUGAUGUGGCGAUGGGACUGGAUUUCGAGUUGCCUUUCCUUAAAGUGCCAAUUAAGCGUUAUGUAGACAAGUACGGCAACUCUCCGGCUAUGGUGAACAUCAAUACAGCAGCUUUGAUCACCAGUGGUCUAAUGGCCGGUGGCAGCCUGAUUGUGGCGCAUCUUCUGAGUUCACUUCGUUUUCUCAAAGGACGUUCGGCUGAGGAUGAAGAGACGACAUAUUUGGAAAAUGGCAUCAAAAAGACUGACAAGAAAUUGUUUACUGAUGAAGAAACAGUGAAAAGAGAGAAACGUUAUGCUGAUUCAAAAAAUCAUUUUUACGAUGCCAAAAAUCUUUUCGAUCACUUCCGUUUAGUCUAUAAAAACGACACUGGCGAGCGAAUUGAGACCACACUACCAAGCCUCUUCGCACGCAUCGAAGAGACAUUUUUGGAUAAUAAAAUCGACAUCGGUGCUUGCGUGCAAAAAACCAUUUGCCUGAUGCUACAGGAAUCCAGUCAAAAAGUGCGUCACGGACAGGCGACCAGCAUGCAAAAAAUCGUCGAUGGUUUGACGAGCUUUUCGUGGGUGUUGGAUGUGUUCGCGCCUUACGGCGAGUUGCGAAAAGCGAUAAAGGCUGGCAAAACGCAUGCGAGUACGAGUUGUGUGGUCGCCUAUCCCACAUGUCACUGGUCCAAUCCGGCAAGUGAACUAACGCAGCUCUUAAGCAACCAUGUGAAGUUUGCUUAG